AGAUGAGUGACAAGCUCACCGGUGGACGGUACAACCGUAUCAGUCCAUCUUCGGGUCGGGGGUCCAUCAUAGCCUACUCGCCACUGCCGAAGUCGGAGCAGGACUGUCUGCAGGCGCCCGGGAACAACUGUCUGGCUAUACCAUUAUCUGCCAUCCAGACGACGGCGGAUCAUAGCACCGUCGGCCAUCAUGGUCCACAUCCGGUUAAUCUGACGCACGCCAACUCGUUGCCUGUGGUCGGUGGCGUUGGUAUGCCGGGCAAGAUACCGAACGCUGGUGGGCACGGAUUGCUGGUACACGGCGACGGACAGAAACAUGCUGCCAAUCAACACCACAACAACAAUGGGAACAACAAUAACCACAACAACAACAACAACAACAGCAAUGCGAAUCAUAAUUCCAGCGGAAAGCGCUUUAUUAUCGUCAGCGACAUCAAGAAAACAGUAAGCUUUGGUGGACAGCCGGGCACCGGUGGCUUCGUCAGUUCCCGUAGUGAACCGAUCUCGCUAGCUACACUGGACAAGGACUGCUUUAUCAUUCCGGUUCACAGCUUGGACCGCUUCCUGCCGGCAGGAAUUCCGCAGCUUCCAACGCCAGAAACGGCCGACCCGUCUCAGGUGGGGCCACUCAGUGUGCUCGAGGUGUCCGAUCCAAAGAUCUGCAUCUUAGCCCAUCUAAUGAGCCCAUUAGAGCCGAUCGAUCCUCUACUAGAGUCCCCACUAGCCCACCCACUGAUGAAACAGAGAGCUGUUGCGUCGGAACUGCUGAACGAGGUCCAACAGGGUAACAAUGCCGUCGGUGGAAUGCUGCUCGCCAACAUGGAACGAAGUUCUGCGGAGUUUCCCUUCAUCGCGUACUAUGUGAUAAACACUACCCAAACCGAUCCUGCUAUGUUCUACACCGGUGUGCGUGGAGCUUCGCUGUCCAAGUUUGAGCCAAAAAAUACGCGCUAUACCGCUGCCCACACGCUAGAUCUGUACAGUGAGGUGGCAUCCAUAUGCCGGCCACCGUUAGCACUAGCACCGAAUGAGAUUGGCAGCGUGAAAAAAGGCCAAACGCCUUCCACCGGAUACAUCAUUAGUGUCUACAAGGUGUACGAAGGUGAUGAUGGAGAACGCUUCGAGCGGAACUGGCUCUACUGGACCGGUGCCAGGAUGAUUUACAGGUACCUUCCAAAAACGGCCGGACUUCGAAGAAUAACGCUCCACAAAAGUGUUUCCUCGCGGGGUGACAAGAUGUAUUUGCUGCUGUGCGAAUGUGCCGACUUGCUCAAGGAUCUGUCCGCGGCUGCCUUGUUAAUACCGGCCCUAAGGGCACGGUUAUGUGGCUACACGGGACUGUACCGGCCAAUACAAACCUUCUGAAGCUUUUAAUUGUUU